UAAAUUGUCCAUUCUUCACAUUUGCUUUACGUAAAAAAGCCGCAUAGUGGAAUAAAUUGCAUUGAAUUGCAUUUACAUCAGUAAUAAUUGCUCAUAUCCACUCAGUUCAGCAGCAAAAGUAUGUCAAGCAGCUUGCAACGUCUCGUCAAUAAUUGCAGUAGAACGCCUUCAUUUUGGCAACAUGUAGGCCUAACCAAGCUGACACCAAAAGUGGCGCCCAAUCACCUCCAGCGACGAUUCACCGCCACUGAUCCCACAAAGGGUAAAGGUCCAAUUUCGUGGAAGAGUUUAGCCUUUAUCGGUGGUGCCGGUGUAAUUGGUCUAGGCUUUAUGUUAUAUGUAAAAAAGGAAAAAGAAGAGGCUAUUAUGCGUGAACGAAAACGACAGUUGGGCAAAGCGGCUAUUGGUGGCCGCUGGGAACUCGUUGAUCCCGAGGGUAAAGUACGUAAGUCGGAAGACUUUCUUGGUAAAUGGCUGCUUAUAUAUUUUGGAUUCACGCAUUGUCCGGAUAUAUGUCCUGAUGAGUUGGAGAAAAUGGCAGCUGUUGUGGAUGCGAUAGAAAAGUCACCACAGUCGCCAGAUAUCCAACCCAUUUUCAUCACUGUGGAUCCGGAACGUGAUUCUAAAGAGAUUGUUGGCAAAUAUGUGAAAGAGUUUUCACCAAAGUUGUUGGGUCUCACCGGAACCGUGGAACAAAUACGCAAUGUUUGCAAAGCAUUCCGUGUUUACUUUAGUGCUGGCCCACGCGAUGUCGAUAAUGAUUAUAUUGUUGAUCACACUAUCAUCAUGUACCUUGUGAAUCCGGAUGGUGAGUUUGUGGAUUAUUAUGGACAAAAUCGUGAUAAGGAUCAGUGCAUAAGUUCUAUAGCAGUAAAUAUUGCCAAAUGGAACAGUUUAAACCAGAAGUCAUGGUUCGGAUAAGGAGAUUUGCACAAAUAUAAGUGAAAAUUUCUUGUUAUCCAGUUCCAAGGAAAAUGUUGAUUUUUAAUGUGUGGUUGCAUUUAAACAUGUCUGCAACUAGAGCUACGCGCAAUAAAUUUAUUUAAAAGUAUUUGUUUUUAACUAUUGCCAAAA